AUGAUUUUGAAAACAGUAACAAUAUUAUACUCACAAUUUGCCAGAUCAGCUAUUUUUCUUGGAUUCAUAUGUAUUUGUAUAGGAAUUACUAUUCUACAACUUUUAGGGAAGCCACUUUAUUUUUGGAAACAAAAUUGGUAUCACACAUUUAUGCGAAGAACAAAGAGGCAAACAGGAAUUGCAUGUAUAAUGCUAUUACAAUGGUUAAUGCCAUCUGAUAUAGUUCUUUCUGGAGAUAAAAAAAUAUUGUCAGAUUUUGAAGAAUUACCUAAUUUACAGGAAGAUAUACAGAUGUAUAAUCGUUUUAUUUUAAUUGUAAAUCAUCAGAUUAGUACUGAUUGGCUUUAUAUUUGGUGGAUUGCAUAUAUAAAAAAAAUACAUGAUGGAAUCUACAUUAUUCUUAAAGAUAGUUUAAGAAAAAUCCCUGUUAUAGGAUGGGGAAUGAAGACAUUUGGCUUUAUUUUCUUGUCACGAUCAUGGUCAAAAGAUUAUCAUAAACUUAAAAAUCAUCUUGAACAUUUAUCCUUACAAAAUGAAUCUAUGCUAUUACUAUUAUAUCCAGAAGGUACGAACUUUUCCUCAAACACAAAACCUCAAAGCUUAAUUUAUGCAAAAAAAAAAAACUUGCCUAUGUUAGAUUAUGUUCUAUUACCCAGAAUUAAAGGACUUUAUCUUUGCUUAAUGCAUUUAAAUAAAUCUACAAAAUAUCUUUAUAAUUGUACAAUUGGUUAUCAGGGCGUUAUGUAUAAUGAAUAUGCUCAAGAUAUAUUCACUUUUAAGUCAAUAAUUAUGAAUCUGAAAUUCCCUGAAAAUGUUCAUAUACAUUUUCAAAAAAUUGAUAUAAACAAAAUUCCUCUUGACAAUGAAGAAAAAUUUAAAAAUUGGUUAUAUGAAUUAUGGAUUGAAAAAGAUAAACUUAUGCAUCAAUUUUUUAAUCAAGGAUAUUUUUCUGAUAGUUUUAUAAUAAAAAAAAAAAUAAAAUUAAGAUCUACAAUAGAAAUAUUAGAACUUUGGGAUGUAUUUAUUAUAAUAUUUUUAUUUAUCAUAUCUAUGUAUCAUCUUUUAAAAAAAAUAUAA